AUGACGCGGGUGGAUGAGAAGCUCGGCCGCGCACUGGCCCGCCGUCGCACCGUGGGCACGUUGCGCACACUUCAAGUGCCAGAUGAGGGCGCUCCCCUUGCUGUGGAUUUUUACUCGAACGACUAUUUGGGUUUCGCGCGCUCGCAACCACUAAAGGAGCUCGUGAAGAAGCGUCAAGACGAGCUGCAGGGCCAGCACAUGGCAACGCUCGGUGCUACAGGUUCACGGCUCAUUUCAGGCAAUUCACGGUUGUUCAUGGAAACAGAGAAGUCGCUAGCCACGUUCUACAACAGUGAGGCAGCGCUGCUGUUCAACUCAGGCUACGCUGCCAAUGUGGGCGUCAUGUCUUGUGUACCACAAGCAGAGGACGUGAUCCUGUACGACGAAUUGGUGCACAACUCGUGCCACGAAGGAAUCCGCCUGAGUCGCGCAUACGCCAACGAUCGUUCGUUCUCAUUCCGACACAAUGACCUGGAAGAUCUCGAGCGUAAACUGCAAAACUAUUCGUCUUCGAACGGAGUCGAUGCACUACAACCGUGUGUAUAUGUCGUCGUGGAGUCAUUGUACUCGAUGGACGGCGAUUUUGCUCCAUUAGACGCUAUGGCUGCUCUCUGUGAGAAGACGGAUGCAUUUCUAAUUGUCGACGAAGCUCACAGUACUGGUGUCUACGGACCUCAAGGAUCCGGUGCUGUACGUGAGUUGGGUCUAGAAAAAAAGUAUAAGAAUGCUAUCGUGUGUCGCGUGCACACAUUCGGUAAGGCCAUGGGCUGUCACGGUGCUGUGGUCUGCGGUUCCCAAGUGUUGAUCGACUAUCUAGUCAACUACGCGCGGUCUUUCAUCUACACCACAGCGUUCCCCUUCGACCAGCUCGUGUCUGUCAUCAGUGUACACCAGUUCUGCGCUACCUCUGCAGCCGAGAUAUUACGUAGCCAUGUCAUCGAAUUGGUGCAAUAUUUCAAGAGAAAGAUAAGCCAUACACCGAGUAUCCCGUGCAAGGCACUACUUGCCAGUGACUCUCCUAUCCAAGGCGUUGUAUUCGAAGGCAACCACCGUGUAUUGAGAGCUUCCCAGCAGAUGAACGCGAUGGGUAUCCGCGUCAUCCCCAUUCGCUCUCCAACUGUCCCGAAAGGUGCAGAGCGCUUUCGUAUCGUUAUCCACGCCGACAACACGCGCGACGAAGUGGAUCGACUCGUGGACGCUCUUGGUGCCAUGUUCGAAGCCCGUCGUGACUCCAAAUUAUAG